GGACGGAGGGAGUAUGAGGCAGUCAAAACUAUAUAACAUCUUGUGUUUUGUUUACAGCCUUGGUUCAACCCAUCUCCAGACCCGUCCCGUACCGGUUACAACCACUUGCCCACUUGGUAUGCUCCGAAUUCAAGAACAUUUGUAUCGAUUUUCCAAGAAUAUUCAUAUCUGUAAUGUUCGAACUUUGAAUGUUUAGAAGUUGAGUGCUAUUGCAUAAGAUAUACAAGCUGCCUGAAAUAUACAAGCUCUUUUCAAGAUUUGAUUAGUUAGCUAAUCUCCUCGUUUGGAUUUUAAUCAUGUUAGAUGAAGAAAUAGCAUUAGAUGCAAUCAAACAUGCUUUGAGGGCUCUUCGGAAACGCCAUUUGGUUGAAGAAGCAGCUCAUGGGCCUGCUUACAUUGCUCUUUCUAGGCCCUUUAUAUCUCAGGGUUCAGAAUGGAAGGAGAAAGCAGAAAGUCUUGAAACUGAACUUCAACAAUGUUAUAAAGCCCAAUCCCGAUUAUCGGAACAGCUUGUUGUGGAAGUUGCUGAAUCUAGAGCUUCGAAAUCGUUACUGCAAGACAAAGAAGAUUUAAUUGCCAGUUUGCAAAAUGAAUGUAGUCAGUCAAGAGAUGAAUGCACUCGUCUAAAAGAACUUUUAGAUGAAAAGACGCAAGCUGUAGAACUGCUUACAAGCGAGAACCAGGAACUCAAGGCUCAACUUGAAGAGACGAGGGUCAGAGCUGAUACUGCUCAGGCUGAAAAUAAAAUGCUAAUUGAUCGCUGGAUGUUGCAAAAGAUGCAGGAUGCUGAAAAGCUUAAUGAGGCGAAUGCUGUUUAUGAGGAUAUGAUUGAUAAGCUCAAGGCAAGCAGUAUAGAACAGCUGGCGCGGCAGCAAGUGGAUGGUGUGGUUCGCCAGAGUGAAGAAGGUGCUGAGUAUUAUGUGGAGUCUACUAUUCCUACUGCAAACAAACACAAGAUCUCUGCUCAUCAGGGUGGAUGUGCUGCCUUGGUAUUUGAGUAUAACUCUAACAUAUUGAUAAGUGGGGGCCAGGACCAGACUAUUAAAAUGUGGGACACAAGUUCUGGUUCACUGAUCCGCACACUGCAUGGUUGUUUGGGCUCUGUUCUUGAUCUGGCAAUCACCCACGAAAAUAGUUCUAUUAUUGCUGCAAGUAGCUCAAACAAGUUGUUUGUUUGGGAUAAAGAUUCUGGCCGGCUUCGGCAUACCCUGACAGGCCAUGUUGAUAAAGUAUGUGCUGUAGAUGUGAGUAAAUUCUCAAGUCGUCAUGUCGCCAGUGCUGCCUAUGACCGGACAAUAAAAAUUUGGGAUUUGCAGAGAGGCUAUUGCACUAAUACGAUUAUUUUCCCUAGUAACUGCAACGCACUUUCUUUUGGCAUGGAUGGACAUACUAUAUGCUCUGGUCAUGUUGAUGGACAUCUUCGAUUGUGGGACAUUCAGACAGGAAAGCUACUUAGUGAAGUCGCUGCACAUUCACUUGCGAUUACAUCAAUAUCCUUAGCAAGAAAUGGAAAUGUAAUAUUGACAAGCGGCAGAGAUAAUGUUCAUAAUUUGUUCGAUAUGCGAACUUUAGAGGUCUGUGGGACAUUAAGAGCAAGCGGGAACAGAAUGGCUUCUAAUUGGAGCAGGUCGUGCAUUAGUGCAGAUGACAAUUAUGUCGCAGCUGGCUCAGCUGAUGGAUCUGUCCAUGUCUGGUCGAUAUCUAAAGCUAGUAUUGUCAGCACUCUGAAGGAACACAAUUCAUCUGUUCUCUGUUGUUCAUGGAGCGGACUCGGAAAACCUCUAGCCACAGCUGACAGGAGUGGAACAAUCUGUACAUGGACGUGAUGAACUUGUUAAUUGCGGUGGCGCCAUACUGGAGAUCACAUGUACAUAUGUGUUUUGUAUAUUGGUAUCAUGUUCAUUGACUAAGUUCCGUUAAAUUUGUUCAUUAAAGGAUUUGCAUCACACAUAAGUACACUACCAUCAAGUAUAUAAACUGGCUUUAUAUACUCCUAGUAUGCUAAUACCCCAAAAUUAGUCUCUUCUGAGUUGAGACUUGUAAUAAUAAUUCAAUUUCAUGUACA